CCCAGCUAACACAGGCUUCAGCUGCCAACAUGCGAAUAACAUAUUGCGUAUCGACUAGCACUUGUUCUAAUUCGAAUUGACUGGCAGAGCUUUGCAGAUCCGAGAGGCGUGCUGAAGACUGCUUCUCACCCUGGUUCUCAGCUAUGUGUCCAUGGUGCCACCAUCCUUGGCGUCAGCUGAUUCUACCUUUCAGCCUUGUGAACUCGCAUUGUUCUAUUGCCGAUUUCACCGCAAUUUUUUUUUUCUCAAGGCAGCAUGAUUUUAGCCCCCGGUAAAGAUUGGCAACAGCCUCUCAAUAUCUUUGUGAUCUUGGCAUUGGCAGAUUCGAAGUGAUCUGGGAAUAGUGGUUGAUCUUUUCAAGAUACUUGCAAGACGCGUCCAGGCUUUUUGAGUCGAUCCCGAAAUGCAUUGAGUCGAGAAUCACGUAUUUUUAGAGCAGCUGCAUGCAUGUAGGUGUAAGGGUGUCUUGCUCGUAUUGACUUCGAAGUAUGUAAGGCAAUUCUCCCUUUCACGCGCUAACGCUAUAUUCGGCUUAGAGCCGCCCCACUUGUUAACAUCCUUGCCUGAGCUGGCCUCGUCUCCACAACACUUGAUUCUGGACCGUCCAUAAAUCUUCCCUGGUAAUCACUAUAUGCAUCAUUCAUUCUUCCCCUUAGUUAAUCGACGGGCUCACUGUAUCCUCCGCGUUUGCAUUCUGCGACCUGCUCAUCAACGUCGCUAUUCCAACCAGAUGGUCGAUCAGGACCAGUACAUUGUCGGUGUGCCUGCAGAGGACAUAACGCUGUACACUCGAGGAGGAUAUCACCCUACUCACAUCAAUGAUCGGUUCAAGGAAGGAAGAUAUGAGAUUUUGAACAAACUCGGCUUCGGAUCAUUUUCCACGGUCUGGCUCGCCAGAGACCAUCAGAACAACUGUAACGUAUCAAUGAAAGUUGUUGUCGCCGACAGAUCGAAUUCCGAGAAGGCUGAGCUCGGUAUCUUAGAGCAUAUUGAAGCAAAAAGUGAUGGUCAGCACCCUGGUCGCAAGCAUAUAUCGCGGCUUCUAGACUCGUUCUAUCAUGAUGGUCCGAAUGGAAAACAUUUGUGUAUCGUUUCAGAGCUUCUUGGACCCAAGAUCUCUACCGUAGCAGAAAAGUGCACAAACUAUCGCCUGGACAGUAAGCUUGCUCGUCAGGUUAGUCGCCAGCUCCUAUUGGCGGUGGACUAUCUCCAUUCAUGUGGAGUAGCACACGGAGACAUCCACAUGGGAAACAUUCUAUUCCGCCUCUCCGAGACUGAGCGCUCGUCUUUAAAACAGAUCGAAGGACUGGGAGCUCCUAUGACUGGUGAAGUGUCCAGGAAGGAUGGUUCUCCUCUUGAAGAGGGGAUACCAAAGUAUCUUGUGGAGCCAGUAGAGUACAAUAGCAAGCAGCGCACACACAUCGACGAGAUUCAACUUGUAGAUUUCGGCGAAUCAUUCUUUAUCUUGACUCCUCAGAAGUCUCUAUAUACCCCGUUAUCUAUGCAUCCCCCUGAGUUGGUGUUUCGUCACACGCUAAGUAAAGCGGUGGAUUUGUGGAAUCUCGGCUCCACGACCUACGAAUUGGUCACUGGACGCACGCCAUUUGAAGCAGAUUUUGAUGAAUUUGUCUUGAUCCCUCAAUUCCAAAAGGUUUUGGGUGGAGUUCCUGAUGAGUGGAUUCGAAAUGCAAUUAAAGACGGGUUGCUGAAAGAUAGGCCAAACGAUUCCGCAGCUGAAGGUUUCGAAUCUCUUGAAGAGGAAAUCAAACGCUCAUACAUAAAUGGCUAUGAUACUAGUACACUGCAGCUGGGGGAGGAGGACUUCGAUGUAUUCGGACGUUAUCUUCGCAAGUUGUUAGUGGUGGAUCCUAUCCAUAGAGCUACCACACAAGAGCUGCUCCAAGACGCAUGGGUUUCCGAUGUAGAAGAUAUUGGGGCGCCAGGCUCGGAAUGA